UGUUUAGUUGGUUCGCAAACCCUUCAGUGAAACCGCAGAAGAAGAGCUCGGCACAACUCGUAAUAACAUAUUGGAGAAAAAAAACAUACCAUACAUAGCGAUUUAGAGAUAAAGGAAUCGCAACAAUGGCCUCUGACGACGAGAUUAAUAUUCUGGUCAUUGUGGCAGAUGUCAGCCCUAUUGUGGGGCCAGCAAGCUCAACGGGAACCUCGGUUCACUCUUUCAACAUGCCUGGACUCUUUGAUGGUCCUGGCAAAUGCCCAUUUAGUGAUGUCAAGAACCAACAAACUAGCCCUCAUUGCAAAUCUCUAUCAAAACAGGUGAUAAAAGCUGCUGAGGAUUCGACAUUACAGUACAUGAACUUCGUGAAUGUGAUCUUUGCAGCACAGAAGAAGAAUAUCCUGAUUGAUGCGUGUGUGUUGGACACUGACUCAGGACUGCUGCAGCAGGCUUGUGACAUAACUGGAGGCUUGUAUCUCAGAAUUCCCCAGAAGAUCGCUCUCACACAGUAUUUGUUGUGGGUGUUUUUAGCAAAUGCAGACGAGCGAUCCCAGCUGUUAUUGCCUCCUCCGGUGCAUGUAGACUACAGGGCUGCUUGUUUCUGCCACCGGAACCUGAUUGAAAUUGGCUACGUCUGUUCAGUGUGCUUGUCAAUAUUCUGUAACUUCAGUCCAAUCUGCACAACAUGCGAGACUGCCUUUAAAAUGCCACUGCCUCAGAUGGCUAAAACAAAGAAGAAAAAAGUUAAAAGUGCAAACUGAUCCAGUCGAACCCCGUCAGAUCCAGGUUACCUCAUUAUUAAAUGUGUGUGCUGCACAUGCAAAAUCCCCAGAUAGUAUUUUGUUGAAUAGCA